ACGGUAAAGCUACGCAAAACGGCGAACUCGCCUUCCAGUUAUUCCUUCUGCUACUGUUGCUUGCUGUUAGCGAGGGGCGCACAGCCAAGCCACAAGCAUAUAAACGCAACUCUACUCGGAAUGACGAGUCAUUGAAGCAGCAGGAAGAAAAGGCAGCUUAAGGAGCCGGAAAUCGACGAGUUAAGCUGUUGUCAUAACCUGCCUAUACCCAUAGCUAUACCGGACUGCUGUUGUUGCUGUUGUUUCACCUCGAUUUGGUGUCCAGACGCUUCAAGAAGCAACAAAUAGAGCGAAUAAGGUUUACAUCGAAGGGCUGCUACGCUACCUGAAUCUGACGUGGAGCGCCAGCAUCGGAAAAGCAGUAGCUCGCUCCGCUGCUGCAGGGAAAGCAACACCUGUCAGCUGACAUUUCACAGGGAAGUGCUUCUUCGUUAACGGGCAAGCGCAGCCACUGACCGUCAGAUUGUCAGCCCUUGAAACGGAAUUCUGCGAUGCCAAUCUGUCGUGAACGGGCCCCUGACAUAAAAGAGUGAAAGACGGCGAUAGACGAAUAAAAUCGCCACAGACAAGUUAUAAUCUUCUAGUAACUGGAAAAAGGACACGGCUUCAGUCGGCAUUAUUGCAUUACGCCUGUGGUCGAGAUGGGUAUCGGAUGGAUCCUCAAAUGCAUCUCAGGCCCACGCCUUUACAGAAUUUACAAAACAAAUACCUCACAGGGGAAACUGUACGAACCGAAUUGCUUAGAGGCGUACUCGGACAACAUCAUCCGUUCUCUGGGAUACGCCCUUUCGUUUGCGUGGUCGUUAGCCGCAUUCACAUCUCCAGUGAUUGCAUACGUCCUAUAUCGUCGGGGAUUCUGCACUCUUGAAGGAUUUUACUACCUGUCGAGGUUGGCAUCGGUUGUUGUAGUGGUGUGGGUGGGAACGCUGUGUCUUCGGGGGAUGGGUCGCUGUGCAAAUCGCGAUUACCUAAAAUUUAUCGCAGCGCUCGAUGAGGCUCAAAAAAAUAGGGCGGCUUUAUGUGCUUUUGACGGAGACUUCGACGCUUGGCCUGUUGACUUCAGUUGGAACGACGUCGAAAGCUCAAAGGACAAACCCCGCGUGGUUGUAGCUCCGAGAUCCCGUUCUAAUUCGGGCGUUUUCUUGGUCCUUGUACGUGACCUGCCGUUACGUUUCGUCGGUUACCUGUGUAUUCAUUCUUUUGGUCGACACAUGAUGUACCCCGGGGCCGUCAAACUUUUCCAGGCAGCCAUUGGGCCAAUGUUGCUUGAGGGACGUGCUAAGCUUAUGGAGCAGCAUCAGGCAAGAAGAUACAAGCUGGCCACAAGGGAUGGGAAUUUCAUUGAUACAGUAUUCGUAGAUCGACGCGGAGCGAACGAGGCACCACAAGGCCGAACUUUGGUUGUGUGUUGCGAAGGUAACGCAGGAUUCUACGAGGUGGGUAUCACAGCGACGCCUAUCGACGCACAGUACUCCGUCCUCGGCUGGAAUCAUCCAGGAUUCGCUGGCAGCACGGGGCUACCGUUUCCUGCACAGGAACAGAAUGCAAUAGAUGUGGUUAUGCAGUUUGCUAUCUAUCGCCUGGGAUUCACACCAGAUAAUAUCAUUUUGUACGCUUGGUCUAUAGGAGCAUACACUGCUUCUUGGUGCGCCAUGAACUACCCUGAAAUCAAAGGUUUGAUUCUCGACGCAACGUUCGAUGACGUUGUUCCCCUGGCUGCCUCGAAGAUGCCAGGCUCGAUUGGACCGAUAGUGGUCCGCACCGUAGCCGACUACUUUAACUUGAACAACGCCGAGCAAACAAAUCGAUAUUCAGGACCUAUCCUUAUGUAUAGACGAACCAACGACGAAAUCAUCUCAACGGACAUCAAUAAUCGACUAGGCUCAAACCGUGUGAAUGACCUCGUGACAAAGGUUCUUCGGCAUCGGUUCCCAGCAGUGAUCACCGAUGAAAGCGCCUGGGUCCUAGCUGAGUGGCUUUCGGGGGAUAGAUCCCAUCAAAAAAUUCUUUACGAAGAACAACAGGUGGAUGAUGCCGAAUGUGAGCGAUGGCUUCGCAAAGCCGUUGACGCAGGAGACAGCUAUCCGCUCGAUUUUGGCGCACAGCUCACCUCCGAGCAAAAGGUAAAGUUAAUCCUUUAUCUCGCUCGGCGACACUUGUUCGACUUUAACUCAACUCACUGUGUACCGCUGCCAGCGGCAAAAUUUCAAGAGCCGUGGGAUAUUCGAAGAGUUGGUAAGGAUGCAAGCUCACAGGACUCAUUAGAAAGACCAUUCGGCGGUAGGGCAGCACUCGAAGAGACUACUACCCGAAGUUCAUCUAGUGAGAGUGAUUUUUGUCAACUCGAUCAGGAAUCGUGCGACACAGAAGGCAACUAAAA